CGGCUUGCUACCUGAAUACACGUGCAACAUGCUCAGGUGUUUGAAACAGCUGUAAACGCGCCUUAACUAGUGGUUAAAAGGGCUGGUGCUUCAUUUCUGGAGAAGGAACGGCUACGGAAGGCUGCAGUGCUCAGGAAGAUACCCGCAUCAUGACCGCCAUUCAAAGCUUGCUUGUGUUCUCCCUGGUGUCUACAUUUGUGGUCCCUUUCACCGAGGGUUCGCAUUUCCGAGGUGGAACCAUCUCCUGGCUGCCUCUGGGGGCUCCUACAGAAACCUCAGCCCGCUUUAAGUUCCACCUCGGCUGGAAGAAGACGAGUGCGACAGGAUCCGGAUGUGACCUAGCUGCUCUACAGGGUCAAACCCUUGUCACGACCAAUGAGGAUCCCUGGGAGUGCAUAUCCGGUUGUGCAUCCUCCGGUACAGUCUUUUUGGCCAAUCAGGACUACAUCUGUACCGAAUUCAACGUAGGUCAAAACUGGGUAAAGGCUACCAGAAGUUUUAACCACGAUUUUCGAAACACCCAGGAUACAUUCAUUGUUGGUUAUGAAAGUUGCUGCUGGCUUCAGAUCCAGAAUCAGGCGACAGGAGUCUUCCACAACCCUUUGAUUUCCCUGCGAACGACUGUAGACCUCGGCUUUAGGUCAGACACCGGCGCCAGCAACAUACCCCCAGUCGCCGGUAUGCAAACAACCAUUCGUGUCAUAAACGGGUGUCUAGGACCGACCAACCCGGCUGGCAAACUCGGCGUGAUUGAUAUGGACGGAGACACGGUGAAAUGUCGCUUUGCCCAGGGAGCGGAGGAGUGCGGGGAAGCGUGCGACCAGUUCCCGGGACUAGUGUUGAACGAGGACUGUUCGUACGCGUACAGCGGACCUACUUCCAUCACCAUUAGUUCGGGGACGUCUCUGUUCUUUGUGGUUGCCGUCAUGGUAGAAGAUUUCCCCGUUCAAACCAUCUUCCGUCACAACCAGGAAGUCCCGACAACACAAGCCCUCAGCAGCAUUCCCCUUCAGUUCUUGAUAGAAGUCAGAAAUAACCCGGCUGUUACCUGCGGCUCGGAGCCGGUCCUUACUGGUGCGACCCCGGCUAUAGACACGUGUCUGCCUAUCCCUGCCCAAGUAGAGUACACCAUGACCGUAGAAGCUACACCUACAGCACCUGCCACAAUUGCUGAGAUUAACCUUCUCGGGCCGAAGGGCAUGACAAAGAGCGCCCUGACGACCACAGGUGACGUCACAUCCACGACCAUCACCUGGACCGCGGCACAACUAGGGCCCAGUUACCCCAGUGUCGUCUGUUUCUACGCCGAGGACUCCAACGCCCUUCAGUCUGAGAGAAGAUGCGUCUCCCUUAUAGUCGGAGGAAGCAUCACGCCGCCUGCUGUGGACGCACCCACGCUGAUUCCUACUCCCGGUGUGAAACCGGCAGACUACCCGUGUGACACCGCCCUCCGCUUCAGCGCCACGUUCGACCAGCUGGUACUACCGCCGACAGCGGACGCCUUCAUUACCUUCUACGACUCCACCAACUUGGUCUUCUACCAACACAACACGAAGAUUCCGGACGGACAGCCGGCACCAUCCCAGUCUAACACCUACGUUUUCGACGUUCCGGCGAACACUUUUCUCCCCCUGGGGACCUACACUAUAACCAUGGAUACCGGCGCUGUGGAGGGCGUGACUGGGUGCGGGGCCGGGGCGGGCGUGCAGAGCGCCUCGUACGAGACGGCCGGAGGGUCCUGGGGUUUCACCUGCAAGUUCUACGUACCUCCGCCGGUCACCACCGCUGCGCCUGCGCCUCCACCUACAGCGGCUCCGCCUGCUGGGACGACAGCAGCAGUGGGUGCGACACCGCGGGUGGUCGGCACCCCUCCACCGGGAAGCCUCCCCACCAUGCCCGUCACCGCCAUCGUGGUAACCUGCUCUCCUACCAGCAUAACGGUUACAAUUCCAUUGUCUGAGAUUAGCGGUGUGAACGCAGCUGAUAUCCGGUUCCGGAGUGCACCCUGUUUACCAGUGGUCUCCGGCGACUCCGUCAGCAUCACUACCGGAUUGCAGGAGUGUGGCAGUACCAUGACGACCCAGGGAGAUGAACUGGUCUACGAGAACGAGAUUCAUACGGAGUUCACGGGCGGCGUCAUCAGAGGCAACAGUGUGGAUGGAAAAGCCGAGUGUGCCUACGACAGUAACACCGUGGUGACAGGGAAACGUUUCAGUGCGCUGAUGGGCUCCAUAUUUGGCAGGAGAAGUACCGGUCAGUUCGACUUCUCCUUAGACUUCUACACGGACAACACCUUCAGCACUGCCUUUACCAGCUACCCCGUGUCCUACCAUCCUAACCAAGAGAUGUUCAUCGGAGUGAAGCUGGUCUCGGACAGCACGGAUCUCGUGGUGUUGGCGGACAACUGCAGGGCGACAGCCGGGGCCGAGUGGGACAGCGCGCCCAGUUACAUCAUCCGUGAAAACGGCUGUAACAAAGAUCCCCUCUUGACCUGGUAUGAACCCACGGACGCCGGCCGAGCUGCCCGUGAGGAGAACUUCGGCAUCGUGGUGUUCCGCUUCCCGGACUAUUCAACGUUGUAUAUCCAUUGUGAUGUUGUGGUGUGUGCCGCGGCCGAUGCCAGCUCCUACUGCGCCACCGCGCCCGCUAACUGUGCCGCCGGCAGAAAGCGGCGAGACGCCGACGUGCUGGACAAACAACACCGCUUCCAGGUGACGAGCGGUCCGGUCAAGAUCAUCAGGGACGAUUGGAGACAGUCAGAGAAAGGUGAGGCAAACAACUGGAAGGAGGCGGUUUCGGCGGUUGUUUCCCCUCCAGUGCUCGGUGUGCUGAUGGUGUGUCUCGGAGUCAUCUUCCUGUCCGCGGCAGUGUCGUGUUACUACCUGCGCCGCUACCAACAACUCUACACCACGGUGUUCGAGACCGACCACUUGAAGCCUUCAAUACUAUCAUAGAAUAAAAAGUUAUAGAACGUGCGAACAAGUAACUUCGCCUCUAUUGUAUUGUAAUGGCUAUUCUAGCAAAUGAAUCGAAAUAUUGCAAGAAAUUCAAAUUGACGUUAAAAAAAACCGUCCACUCUCAAUUCAAAUGAUCAAAGGCAUCUUCGUCGUUUGUUGAUGAAUUUCUGUGACAACCAUAUACGAGGAUAUAAAUAUUGAAAGAUUGAAUUUCUGUGACCGUAUGAAGAUAUGAAUAUUGAAAGAUUACUGUAUUUAUG